GACACACAAGGCAGAUCUGGGCGCGGUGGAACGGCCCUUGACCCCUGCCAGUUUCUCCCUGCUCUCUCUUCUUCUACCUGUCUUCUUGGAAAUUGCGAACCCUACGACAGAACCGAAGAACGAAUACUUCUUUCGCCUUACCUCGUGCUCGCGUUCUCCGUCGUUUACGCAAGAAGUUGUCGGGAAAUCCUCGUGCUCGUCGCCGAUCGCAUUAGGUUUGGGUGGUGGUAUUUGUUUCUGAUUUGAGGUUUUUCAGUGGCUCUAUAUGCUUACUGGAAAGAGAGUUUGUGAAGCUGAUAUAGAGGAAGACGGCGCUGUGAUAGAAGGAGCGUUGAAGAAGCACAGCGGAGAGGAAUACGCGAUAUCGUCAGCUUCGGGUGUGCGGGCAAAGGAGCACAAUCACGGGGCAACGAUGGAUUACGAGUUAGCCAACGGGAAAAAUUUGAUGGAGAUCGAUGAAGAUCUACAUAGUCGGCAGCUUGCUGUGUAUGGGAGGGAGACCUUGCGGCGGCUAUUUGCCUCCAGUGUUCUGGUCUCUGGUCUCCAAGGCCUGGGCGCGGAAAUAGCAAAAAACCUUGUCCUUGCAGGUGUUAAAUCUAUCACCUUGCAUGAUGAAGGCAACGUGGAGUUAUGGGAUUUAUCUAGUAAUUUCUUUUUAUCUGAAGGUGAUGUUGGAAAAAACCGAGCUACAGCUUCUGUUCAAAAGCUAAAAGAGCUAAAUAACACAGUUAUACUAUCAACCAUAACCGGUGCUUUGUCAAAGGAACAACUUUCAUAUUUUCAGGCUGUUGUGUUCUCAGAUAUUAGCUUAGAUAAAGCUAUUGAGUUUGAUGAUUUUUGCCGCAAUCACCAACCCCCAAUUGCUUUCAUCAAAUCUGAAAUACGAGGCCUUUUUGGGAGCGUAUUCUGUGACUUUGGUCCAACUUUUACUGUUGUAGAUGUUGAUGGAGAGGAACCUCAUACAGGGAUCAUUGCAUCUAUCAGUAAUGAUUGCCCUGCGCUCGUGUCAUGUGUUGAUGACGAGCGUCUGGAAUUUCAGGAUGGGGACCUCGUUAUAUUUUCUGAAGUGCGAGGAAUGGUAGAGCUGAAUGAUGGAAAACCACGGAAAGUUAUUAACGCAAGACCAUAUUCUUUUGCUUUGGAAGAAGACACUACUGGAUUUGGAACAUACGAUAGAGGUGGUAUUGUAACACAGGUGAAACAACCCAAGGUAUUGCAAUUCAAGCCUUUAAGAGAGGCGUUGGGAGAUCCAGGUGACUUUCUUCUAAGUGAUUUUUCCAAGUUUGAUCGCCCAAUUCUGCUACAUUUAGCGUUUCAAGCAUUGGAUGUCUUUCGGCAUGAAUUUGGGCGUUUCCCUACUCCUGGUUCCGAGGAAGAUGCUCAGAAAUUAAUAAAUUUUGCUGUUGUAAUCAAUGAGAGAAUGCAUAAAGAUAAGAUCGAGAAUAUCGAUAGUAAACUUCUAUAUCAAUUUGCAAGUGGCUCGAGAGCUGUCUUGAAUCCUAUGGCAGCAAUGUUUGGUGGUAUUGUUGGUCAAGAGGUUAUGAAGGCUUGUUCUGGCAAGUUCCAUCCCCUUUUCCAGUUCUUCUAUUUUGAUUCAGCAGAAUCACUCCCUCCUGAACCUCUGGAUCCUAGAGAUCUAAAGUCAUUAAAUUCCCGAUAUGAUGCUCAAAUCUCAGUAUUUGGAGCUAAGUUUCAGAAGAAAAUGGAAGAAACCAAUGCAUUUAUAAUAGGUUCUGGUGCUCUUGGAUGCGAAUUCUUAAAAAACUUGGCACUAAUGGGGCUCUGUUGCAGCCACAAAGGAAAAUUAACAAUAACUGAUGAUGAUGUCAUUGAGAAGAGUAACCUCAGUCGCCAGUUUCUCUUCCGUGAUUGGAAUAUUGGGCAGGCUAAAUCUACCGUGGCCGCCGCCGCCGCUACUACAAUCAACCCUUUGCUUCAUAUCGAGGCUUUGCAAAAUCGAGCGAGUCCCGAGACAGAAAAUGUGUUCGAUGAUACUUUUUGGGGGAGCCUGGAUGUUGUUAUCAAUGCCUUGGACAAUGUUAUUGCUAGGAUGUAUAUAGAUGGAAGAUGUUUGUAUUUUCAGAAGCCAUUGCUGGAAUCUGGGACCCUUGGUACCAAGUGUAACACACAAAUGGUUGUGCCUCACCUUACUGAGAAUUAUGGUGCGUCAAGAGACCCACCUAUGUGCACUGUUCACUCUUUCCCCCACAACAUUGAUCACUGCUUGACAUGGGCCAGAUCCGAAUUUGAGGGCAUGUUUGAUAAGACGCCCAGCGAAGUGAACAAGUUCUUAGCUAAUCCGAGCGAAUACUAUGCUGCUGUUAAGGCGGCAGGUGAUGCCCAAGCAAAGGAUCUUCUUGAGCAUGUUGUGGACUGUCUUGACAAGGAUAGAUGCAAUACCUUCCAAGACUGUGUCAGUUGGGCACGCCUCAGGUUUGAAGAUUACUUCUCCAAUCGUGUGAAGCAACUAACAUUCACUUUCCCUGAGGACGCUGUUACAAGCAGCUCCACACCAUUUUGGUCUGCACCAAAACGUUUCCCCCGCCCAUUGCAGUUCUCAACCAGUGAUGCAAGCGAACUUAACUUGAUCAUGGCUGCUUCUAUAUUAAGAGCAGAGACGUUUGGAAUUUCUAUACCUGAUUGGGCCAAGAACCCAGAGAAAUUGGCUGAUGCUAUCGAUAAAGUAGUAGUGCCUGAUUUUGAGCCUAAGAAGGGAGUAAAAAUUGUUACUGAUGAAAGUGCUACAAGCUUGUCGACAGCCUCCAUUGAUGAUGCCGCUGUCAUUAAUGAGCUUGUUGUGAAACUGGAGGAGUGUGCGAAGAGGCUACCACCUGGAUUCCAUAUGAACCCAUUACAGUUUGAAAAGGAUGAUGACACUAAUUUUCACAUGGACUUCAUAGCCGGACUAGCCAACAUGCGGGCUAGAAACUACAGCAUUCCGGAAGUAGAUAAACUGAAAGCAAAGUUCAUCGCUGGGCGAAUCAUCCCCGCCAUUGCCACGUCCACCGCAAUGGCCACCGGUCUGGUAUGCCUCGAGCUCUACAAAGUCCUCGCUGGCGGUCAUAAGCUGGAAGACUACCGCAACACCUUCGCGAACCUCGCCCUUCCCUUGUUUUCCAUGGCAGAGCCCGUUCCUCCCAAAAUAAUCAAGCAUCAGGACAUGAGCUGGACUGUCUGGGACCGUUGGAUAAUCGAGGGGAACAUCACCCUUCAUGAGCUUCUUCAAUGGCUCAAGGACAAGGGGCUUAACGCCUACAGCAUUUCUUGUGGAACUUCCUUGCUUUACAACAGUAUGUUUCCGAGGCACAAAGAUAGGAUGGAGAAGAAGGUCGUGCAGAUUGCCCAGGAUGUGGCGAAGUUGGAAGUGCCACCAUAUCGGCGGCAUCUGGAUGUUGUGGUGGCUUGCGAGGAUGAUGAUGAUAAUGACAUUGAUAUCCCACUGAUAUCGAUUUACUUCCGUUGAUCCUCGGCCUCUUUGUGCAUCUGUUGAUGUACUUCUUUAAUACCUGACUCAUCCAUUAUGUCGUCUUCUUCCGUGUUAUUUGACGGAUCGAAGAUGCACUUUAUUUCUUUCAAGUUUUUAAUGGUGCUUCAUUUCUCUUGAAUGAGUUCUUUGAUACUGUGCUUGUACAUUAUUCGCCUUGAUAUACUUCCAUCAUUUGCAUUUUCUCUUGAUUG